AUGGCCCCAUCUCGCAUUGAAAACUCCGCCGAAUCAAAGGCCGCACCUAUUGCUUUCACUCUCGACCAGCUCCUUCGUGAGAAGGCCGCCGCAAACCCUAACCAGCAAUAUCUGUCGUACCCCCGUUCUGGACUCGACUAUGUCCACUACACUCUUUCAGAUAUCGACAGCUUUGCAUACAGGGCCGCAAAGAAGUACUCGAAAUCUACACCAGCACGUUCAAAAUCGUCCCAGCCAACUCGUGUUGUAGCUCUUCUCGGUGCCUCUAAUCUGGACUACCUCGUAUCAGUAUACGCACUGUCAAAGCUUGGAUUGACCAUCCUGUUCUUGUCAACGAGAAUUUCUGAUGCUGCCUAUAAGCACCUUUUUCAGAAGACGAACUGUUCUGAUAUUAUUAUUCAGCCUGCCUUCGAGAAGACAAUCAACCGUGUCAGAGAUGAUUACCCACUCCCGUUGAAUGUUAUCAAGAUGGUAGAUAGCUCAAUCUAUAACCCUUCGGGGGCGCAGAACAUCCCCGCCGAGAAUACUGGUUUCGACCACGGUUUCGACCAUUCUUUGGAGACUGAAAAGCCGCUAUGGAUCAUCCACUCCAGCGGAUCCACUGGUCUUCCAAAGCCAGUGGCUUCUACCCACAGGGCUGCGCUCAGCACCGCCAGACUUCUUUCUGCCACUACCUUAAAUGCGUUUAUCACACUACCAUUGUUUCACGCAUAUGGGGUUAUUUCCGUCACUGGAGCUCUUUCUGCUGGCAAAACAAUCGCAAUGUUCAAUGCCGAUCUCCCAGUCACUGGACCUUCCAUUGUAGAGAGCAUGACUACUCUAAAUACGGAGCUCUUCUAUGCUGUCCCGUACGCUUUGAAGCUGCUUGCAGAAACUGAGGGCGGUGUUGAGGCGAUGGCUAAAUGUCAUAGAGUUGUAUUUGGCGGAGCUAGUUGUCCUGAUGAUCUCGGUGAUAACUUAGUUUCCAGGGGGGUGAAUCUUGUCAGCUACUACGGAUCUACUGAAAACGGUAUCGGCUUAUCAUCCCUCCGCGAAGAAGGCGAUAACGAAUGGAACUACCUCCGCCCUCUCCCAUCCUUCAACAAAUACUCUCAGUGGGAGCACGUUACUUCCAAUAUCUACGAGCUUGUCAUCAAAGGCGGCUGGCCAUCACAAUCACUCACCAACCGUCCCGACGGCUCCUAUGAGACUCACGACUUGUUCCUACAGCACCCCACAGACCCCAACAAGUGGAAAUACUAUGGGCGUCUCGAUGAUACCAUUGUCCUCUCUAACGGUGAGAAGGCCAAUCCGGUCACUCUUGAACUCUUUGUAAGGGAAAAUCCAUAUAUCAAGGAGGGUCUCGCGUUCGGCGCCCAGAGGCCCCACUUGGGAAUGUUGUUGGUUCCAAGUGAGAAGGCUGCAGGGUUAAGUCGUGAUGAGCUUGUUGAAAAGAUCUGGGAGUCUGUGGAGGCCGGUAACGAGAACAUGCCCGGGUAUGCGAAGAUCUCGAAGGAGAUGAUCGGUUUCCUCCCGCCUGGUGUAGAGUACCCAAGAACCGACAAGGGUACCGCUAUCAGAGCUGCAUACUAUGCAAAGUAUGCCAAUGAGAUCGAUGCUCUUUACGAUGCUUUUGAGAACCAUGCCGCACAGGAUGGUCUUGAGCUUUCGGAGGAGGAGACUAAGCAGUUUAUCAAGAAAGAGCUAGUCAAGAUCCUUACGCUCGAUGAUGCUUCAAAGCUCCAGGAUGAUACCGAUUUCUUUUCCCUUGGACUUGACUCUUUGGGCGCUAUGCAGAUUCAAGGAAAGAUUGUUCGUGAGCUGAAGACUGGUGGGAAAAUCGGCCAGAACGUUGUCUUUGAGCAGCCAACUCUUAAGAAAUUGGCAGGGUACCUUCACCGUCUUAGAACUGGUGAGAGCGAGCAGAUCGAUUCUCAGAGUGAGUUGUUGCAGCAAUUGAUUGAGAAGUACUCGGAUCUCCCUCAACAUGUUCCUGGAAAUUCCAAGCCGGAUGGUGAUUACAUCAUUGUUACCGGUGCUACUGGAUCUCUUGGUGCCCAUAUUGUCGCUCAGCUUGUAGCUAAAGACACUGUGCGCAAGGUCUACUGUCUCGUCCGUGCUAGCUCCCUAGAGAAGGCCAGUGAGCGUACGAUUCAGUCUCUCAAGGAUCGUCAUAUCUACAACACCCUCACCGCCUCUCAGCUGUCUAAAAUUGCCGCAUUCCCCUCGGACUUCAGCCAGAAGACCCUUGGUCUCUCCUCUGAGAUCUACGAGGAGCUGCUUGACAACGUCAACAUCGUGAUCCACUCUGCCUGGUCCGUCAACUUCAAUAUGGAUGUGACCUCAUUCGAAGCCCAGCACAUUGGUGGUUCCCACAAUCUCAUGACGCUCUGUCUGAGCUCCCGCCGCGCCACUCCCGCAACAUUCAACUUCUGUUCCUCUAUAUCUUCUGUUCUCAACACUGACUCCAAGACCAUCGCCGAGGCUGAGCCCACUACAUUCGAAAAUGCAAUGCCCAUGGGUUAUGCUCGCUCUAAGCUCGUCACAGAGAAGGUCUGCGCCAUUGCUGCCCGCAACACGACCCUGCCAGCUCGUGUCCUCCGUAUUGGACAGGUCGUUGGUGACACCAUCCAUGGCUGCUGGAACGCCACCGAGGCUAUCCCACUCACCAUCCAGUCAGCACUCACAAUCGGAUGUCUUCCUCGCCCCGUCACUGAUGAGAUUGUCUCGUGGCUCCCAGUCGAUAUCGUGGCCAGCACCAUCAUCGACCUCUCAUACCUUUCUGCUGAGGAUGUUGCACGAGAUGCCUUCUUCAAUGUAUCCCACCCUGGUCUUACAUCGUGGAACAAUGACUUCCUUCCUGGUCUCCGCGCCGCCGGGUUGAAGUUUGAGGAGGUGACACCCACAGAAUGGCUCAAGAGGCUCAGCGAGUCGAACCAGGACCCUGCAGUCAACCCGCCAGUCAAGUUGUUAGAAUUUUUCGGCGCCAAGUAUGGGCAGGAUACGGUUGAGAGUGUGCCAUACUCUCUCACGGAUAAGAGCCAGAAGUACAGCACCAGCUUGGGUCAAUGCAAGAAGGUUGACGAGGCGUUGAUUGGAAUAUUUUUGAAAUUCUGGCAGGAGCAGUGCUGGUAG